GGAGAUUUCUUUGUUUUUGGAUAUACAGUUUCUUUCUCUCUCUCUCAGUCUUGUCUGUCUUCCGCUCGCGCCUCCCGCUUGAUACGUUGAUAAAGCCAGAGCCAGUACUCUCUCAGCUCGCCUCUCUGAGCGAACGGACAAGUGCAUUGUGCCUUCAAUUGCUAACGCUGCAUAACAAUGAUUCCACCUAACCAGGAUUACAACAACGGCAACCAUCACCAGCAAAUGGGUCCCACACCGAAACUCCGACGAUGUAAUCGUCGCGCCAGGUCGCGUGAGUGGGGAGACGGGCCGGCUACGGUUUCUGCCGCGCCGCCACAUUCAGGGAUAGAAGCUCCUCCUCCUCCAUGUACGGACUUCGAUAAGGCCUACUUCCAUUCUUACUCUCACGUUGGUAUCCACGAAGAGAUGAUAAAGGACCAGAUACGAACGGAAACAUAUAGGAAAGCCAUUAUGCAGAAUCAGAAGUACUUAGCUGGAAAAGUUGUGGUUGAUGUUGGCUGUGGAACGGGCAUCCUUUCUAUUUUCUGUGCCCAAGCUGGAGCCAAACGAGUCUAUGCAGUGGAUGCUAGUGGCAUUGCGGUGCAGGCACAUGAAGUUGUGAAGGCCAAUAACUUAUCUGAAACAGUUAUUGUUUUGCAUGGGCGUGUCGAGGAUGUUGAAAUUAAUGAAGAAGUUGAUGUUAUAGUUUCAGAAUGGAUGGGGUAUAUGCUUCUGUAUGAGAGUAUGCUUGGGAGCGUUAUUACAGCCAGAGACCGCUGGCUGAAACCUGGUGGUUUGAUACUUCCUUCUUAUGCCACGUUGUAUAUGGCACCUGUCACUCAUCCCGACAGGUAUGCUGCAAGUAUCGAUUUUUGGCGCAAUGUCUAUGGGAUUGACAUGUCUGCUAUUUUGCCAUUAGCAAAGCAAUGUGCUUUUGAAGAGCCAUCAGUGGAGACAAUAUUUGCUGAAAAUGUUUUAACUUGGCCACACGUGGUGAAGCAUGUUGACUGCUACACAGUUACAAGAGAGGAACUAGAAUCAAUUUCUACAAGUUUUAAAUUUACAUCAAUGAUGCGAGCUCCAUUCCAUGGAUUUGGAUUCUGGUUUGACGUGGAGUUUAGUCAUCCUGAAAAUGAAACCGAAACCGAUAAUGAUUCAUCUUUUGCUGAUAAUACAUCAAAUGGUCAACCGAAUAACGUUACUACUCCAACAGGGAAGAGGCGGUCAAAUCCUAAUGAAGCACUUGUAUUAUCCACUGCACCUGAAGAUCCUCCAACUCAUUGGCAACAGACAGUGGUGUACUUUUUUGAACCAUUAGAUGUGGAACAAGACCAAGUGAUUGAAGGAUCUGUAAGGUUGUCACAAAGCAAAGAAAAUGCUAGAUUCAUGAAUAUUCAUCUGGAAUACGAAUCUGGUGAUAACAAAUUUGUCAAAGAAUCGGUCAUGAGAUGAUGAUUCUGCCAAGCCUUCUUUCCGAGUAGUAUGAUCAUCGAUUAUUAUCUGCUCUCUUUUUUCAGUAGGUUUAUACCUGAGACAGAUUAAUCAACAUACUUUAGCGAUUCUUCCUUGCUUUGAUAAAUUUUCUUGGGUUGAGAUUUAUGUUGGAUUGUUGUCAUCUUUGUUGUAAAGGUGUAGGUUUAUUUGACCUGAGCAGUUUAUUUUUUUUUUAAUCCAAAACUGUUACUUCA